AUGAAGCUCAAGCGCGCAAAGGCAUACAAAAAGCUGCUCCACCAGUAUGAGCUGAACUUUGGCUUCCGCGAGCCCUACCAAGUCCUCCUCGACUCCGCCAUCCUGCUCGACGCCUACAAGUUCAAGAUCGACCUCGUUGGGCGCCUCGAAAAGGUGCUCGGCGCAACCGUAAAACCCAUGAUCACCACCUGCGACAUGCGCCACCUGUACGCCGCGAAGCCCAAAAACGAGACGCUCAUCCUGCAAGCAAAAGAGUACGAGCGCCGCCGCUGCGGACACCACGAGCUGGAGGAGCCACUGAGCACGCUGGAGUGUUUGAGCAGUGUCGUCGACCCCAAGGGCAGUGGGAGCAACAAGCACCGAUACGUGGUUGCAAGUAACGAGCUCGCGGUCAGGUCGCAUAUGCGGCGCAUUCCAGGCGUGCCUCUGAUAUACAUAAGCAAGAGCGUGGUGCUCAUGGAGCCCAUGACGAAUGCGACCGAGGCGCACAGGGAGAGGGAGGAGAAGAGCAAAUUCAAGAUGGGAUUGAAGGGCCAGCGGAAGCCGGAUGCGGGAGAGAAGAGGAAGAGAGAGGAAGAGGAGGGCCAUGAGGACAAGUCUAUUGCUACCGAGGCGCAGGCGGCCAAGAAGAGGCGGCAGAAGGGCCCUAAGCAGCCCAACCCGCUUAGCAUGAAGAAGAAAAAGACAGACACCGCUGCGACGCAGCCUGGCUCAGCGAAGAAGGCUAAGCCCGUCGAACCAGAAGAGACAGAACCUCCCACUACAGAUGUGCAGGACGGCGAAGGGGCUGCACCGAAGAAGCGCAGGCGGAAGCACAGAUCCAAGGUUGAGGGGGCCGCCGAGGGGGCCGCCGAGGGCGGUGGUAUCGCUCUGGAUGCCGUUUCACCGUGA